AUUCUUGUCUCGAGAUUGAGAAUCGAGAGUCAAGCACUACCGUGUCUCCUCUUGAUUGCUCUUGAUUUAUUAAGUUUUUUGCAAAUCCGUGAUUUUUAGAUUUUUAGAACAAACUCGAUAGUGUCAAGUGUCAACUGUCAAGGCUCCAAGUUGACACUGUCCAGUGCUGUCCAGUGAGUUUGAGUCCUUAUCGAGGCAUAUCAUCAUAUCCCAGACAUAUUUUAUCGAUUGUCGAUUGUUAUAACCUAUAUUGAAAGCAUGUUAAACGGUUAAACUCCAUACUCCAUAGUUAAACUCCAUGAUUGAAAGUAAUCCAAGUUACAAUAACAAUAAACAAAGUUGAACAAAGUUUUUUUUAUUUCAGAUUUCAGUAUUUACCCAUGAGUCGUGAUGGGUCGUGCAAAGAGAAGACGUAUUAAGAAAAAUCACCAAGUCUCUACAGAUUAUGUUGAGGAGAAAGUCGAUUUUAUCAACUCUCUUGAUAAUGAUUCAUUAGCACAAAUAUUUAUGAUGCUGCCGAUAUCAGAGAGGAUAGCUAUGGAUCAAGUUUGUUUCAAAUGGAAAGAGGCCUGCCAACUAGCUUGGCAUGACAUUAAAAAAUACAAAUGUACCAAUACAAUUGUUCGUAAUAAUAAAAAAUGUGUUUUAACACAAUCACACGUAAAAAAAAUAUUAUUCAAAUGUGGUAUUUAUAUAAAAGAAUUGAUUCUUUCAAAAAUUUGUGACUCAAGUAUCAUGCCAAUAAUUGCUGAAUACUGCAGAAAUCUAAGUACACUUGAAUUUGAACUUGACGUAGAUGGAGAUCAUCGUUAUACUGAUCUCUGUGAUGAAGCAUUCACACAGUUGAAGCAAUUGAAAGUCGUUAAAAUACAUAUAACUGGAGAUAUACUUAAAAGUCAAAUGCUGAAUAGUCUUCCCAACGACAUAAAUGAAAUCCAUUUAUUUUUUCCUUUUGAAUGGGGAGAAUUCUCGUGUUCAAACCGAGGCAUGUGGGUGUCGGAUUGUUGUUCAUCUUAUUAUAUACCACCAUCACGUUUCUCUUUGAGAAAAUUUACCAAUCUUCGAAAGUUGACAAUACGUACUUGUGACAUCACCAGUAUUAUCAAAGAAAUAUCGAAAAAAACAACACUUGUUUAUCUUGAUCUCCAAAAGUGUCGAACUGAAAAGGAGAUUUUUACAUUCAAUCAACUUUCAAACUUGGAACAUCUCAACAUUAAAGACGUGUAUUUCGUGGAUAGUCGUAUGAAAGAUUUUCCAAAUCUACUCAGUGGUAUUUUCAAUUCAUGCAAAAAUCUAAAACAUCUUGAUGCCCCAGGUUUUCAUGUUGAUCUAGCUGAAAUUAAAAUGGAAAACUGGGUAAACUUGAAAAACUUGGUAUAUCUAAAUAUCCGCUGGCAAGCUAGUGAUGCAAUAAUCAAAAAUAUCAUCAAGUAUUGCAAUAAUUUAGAAUUCAUAAAUAUUGAUAAAUUAAAUAGUGAAUCUACUAUAAAAUUAACAAGAUUAGAAAAUCUUAAUUAUUUAAAAUUUGCGAAGACAAAUAAUAUCAAUAAUGAAGUAAUGGCAGCAAUUUUAAAUAAUUGUAAAAAACUUAAACAUCUGGAAAUUGACAGGCGUAGUAGAGUGGAGGCAUCAAUUUUUGAUGAUUUAUCAAAAUUGCAAUAUAUUGAAAAUUUAAAUUUGUCAUCUUGUGACAAAGUUGGAGAUAGUGCUAUUAUUGCUAUUGCUAAAAAUUGUAAGCUCUUAAAAAGUUUAAAUAUUGGAGCCUGUUUUUCCAUCACUUCAACUGCUUUUAUUGCUUUAACGAGUUUAAAAAAUUUAAAAGAACUCGAUGUUGCAGUAAAUGAAAAUGUCGAAGACAAUUUUAUUGUCAAAUUAAGAGGAAUAAAAAGUUUCUUUUGUUAUGAAUGCGACCGUCUUACUGAUGCUGGUGUCAUUCAAUUUAUAAAAAAUAAUCCAGAUCUUGAAUUUCUUAAUAUCAACGACACAUAUCUUACAAUUGAAACGAUUGUUGGUGCAGAAGAGGCAGUUAAAAAUCGUACAAAUGAUACUUUUUUAACUAUAGAAUCUAUUGGUUUAGAUUUUAAAGAAGCCUUAAUUGAAUCUCCAUGGUUAAUUUAUAGAGAAUAAAAUUGGAGUAUUUUUAUCCUUAGCAUUUUUAUCUUUGUCGUUACAGUUAUCACUUAUCAAUAAUACAUCAGAGAGAAAAAAAAUAUUUUAUAAAACAUGUUUCGAAUCUUUCGUAGCUAAAGAAGAGAGUAAUUAUUUUGGAAUAUUUCGCAUACAACGUAGUAAAAUGUCUACAUGGAUUACCAAUUCAAUUUAUAAAAAAUUUAUAAAAAACAAUAAAUAAUUUAUGAUAAUUAUUGCUAUGAAUUUAAAUUCAAAAUAAUACAAUGUGUUUUUUUUUUUUCUCAUCGCAGAUGAGCUACAAAUUUUUUUCUUUGUGACUUUCAAACGAAUGACAAGUUCUUAUCAUUGUCAGUCGAAUUCUGAAAGUUCUAAAGCUAAGGUUCAAUUAUUUUUAUUUUUUUUUCAUCUUGAUAUUUUUUAUACAGACAAAACUCGUUUUCGCUGUAGAAUAUAUUUGUUAAUCUAAAUUUCAUAAAUAAAUUUCAACUAUUUUUAAUUUUUAUUUUAUUAAUUACUUUCGAAAUUAACAGAAAAAAGAAUUUUUAAAAAGUUUACAAUAUAUACCGUGCUAAGCUAUUAAAUGUGCUAAAGCUAUUAAGCUAAAGUGCUAAAGCUAUUAAAUACAGCAACAAAAUAAAUGAUUAACAC